AUGACGUCCACUUUGAAUGAUUUGUUCGACCAGAUUAUUCACUCGGAAAGGCUUGCACAAGAAAGAAAAAGUCAUCUGUUUGAAGUGAAGGCAAAGAUUCAAUCUUGUCAAGAGAAAUUGUUAACAACUAAAGAAGAAUGGGAAAGUCAGAGAGGAAGACAGGUGUUAAAGAUUAAACAGUUGAAUGAAGAAGAAUUAAAGUUAAAAUGGUUAACAAACAGAGAAUUGAUUCUGUUAGAACAGAAAAACUCUACAAUUGAAGAAAGGAAAGAAAUAGACAAACAGAUGGAAGAUGUUCUUAAGACAUAUGAUGAAAAUUUACAGUGUUUUAUGAAUGAUAUCAGCCAAACUAUGGUACAAUAUGACUUAACUGGUCAUGGAAUAGAAAACAGAGAAUUAGAACUUCAAGAUGAACUUAAUCAGCUUGAUAAACAACAACAAAAACUUUCUGUUGAUGUUGAUGAAUAUGACAGUCAUGUAAAAGAAAUAGAAAAUCUGUGUGAAAAGAAAUCAAACUUGGGAGAAAUACUUGAAGAGUUGAAUACUAAAAAGAAUGAAAAAUCCCAAGAGCUUUCAGAUACUUUAAAUAGCUUAUCAAAUUUAGAAAAAGAGAAAAUAAGAGUCAGUCAGAUUCCACAAAAUGACCCAGAAUUUUGUAGGUUACGGUCUGAAGUUAACUAUCACAUGAACAAUGAAUUGGAGGAACAAUAUCAAAAAUUACAACAGGAAGUGAGCGAACUACAGCAUGCCUUGCGUCAUAAACAGAUUCACAAACAGAAAAAACUAAAACCCGAAAGAAAACAAUCUUCUUUUUAUGACAAAUUUGAGAAAAACUCUACAGACACAGAUACUAGAUGUAGCCAAAUCUCUAGCUCCAGUCAGAGUAAAAGACUAUCAUUCCUAUUACAAGAUGUUCCUCAAGAAACCCAAAAUAAUAUUGAGUCAGCCAACUGUGAAACUAGUAAUAGAUUAUGUAUAACAAGUUUUCCUAAUUCCACAACCAAUACCAUAUCUCAGAAUGAAAAACUUGGUGAAAUAUUGAAUCAUGAUUUUGAUAAAGAUCCUUCUAACCUUAACACAAAUCAACAGAGGUCAUCAAGAUCAUCCAAAUCAAUUUUCAAUCCCAAAAGAAAGAAGAUGACAUAGUGGAUAAACCUCAUGAAUCUUCAUAAUUGUAAACAUUAGCAUUAAUUUAUUUUGUGUAAAUUUGCAUAUAUACUGAAUAAUAGUAAUUAUUAUUGACACAUUUAUAUGGCGCAUAAUUAUAUGUACAUAAUUAUAACAGUCCUACUUUCUACUUUGCUUAAGACAUACUUUUCUUUUCUAUUCUUUAUAUGGAUUGGCAUUGCUGUAAUAAGGCUUGCUUGUAACAAAAGGUGACAUGCAGUGACAAACUGAUCUAUAAAUAUAGAGCUCUUCCCUUUAAAUUGUUAUCAAGGAAGUAUAUUACUUAUUGGACUAUUAGAUUACCUAAAUAUAUAUUAUGCAUGUUAUUGUAUAUUGUAAAGCAAUGUUUUCAUAAUGGAUUAAAGUUAGUGUCAGUGGUGGGGGUCAACUUAUAUAAUUGUUAACAUUCAGUGUAAAAGUAGAUGUAAAUUUACCACUUUUUCAUUUGAAGGAGCCAAAUGCAAAAUUUUCAUUAUCAAAAACAUUGUAAAUUAUACCUGAAAGUAAUCCUAAAAUAUGCUAUUUAUAUCUAUGUAUCUACUUAAUCAAACUGAAUUUGUUUUAAAAGUUCUAAUUAAAAACAGACUUUACUAAUUAUUAUUUGAGCGGUUUGACAUAGGUUGGUGUUUGGCUUUAUAAUGGCCAGUUAUUGUUAGUAGAUAUUAGUAGUUUUAUAAUUUUAAUAAACAAAUAAGUC